UGACAUGAGCCUUUUCGUUUGAACUUGAAAGGUUUUGGCCGCUUUGGCCCUCGGGGCAUCCUUUGGCCGAUAUUACGUACCGAGUCCGGAGCAGAGCAGCUGAUUCCCUGCCUCGUUUGCUUCCUCUUCACUCGCCGUCCCCAUUCAUUGCUUUUGACUUGACAUUUCCGCCAUCCCUCAGCCGCACCGCCGUCUCGCAAACAAACCGACGCCUAGGAAUAUGAGCAUGGAAAAGCAGGAACCAAGUCUCGAAGCCGAUGAACAGAGCGGGAGCUUGCUGUUCCAAAGGGUACCGCAGGAGAUCCGGAACCAUAUCUACGCCCAACUCUUCUCCUCGAUAAGAUUAACCUUUGGGUUCCGGUGGAAUGGCUGCACGAGCAGGGUCGCCGUUAAGCCUGCGCCCCACGGCUUCGCUUUUCUUCACAGUUGCCGGCGCGCGCGCCUCGAGAUCAACGACUCGUGGCUGCAAUACAUGCUCUUCUCUUUCGAGGACCCUUACGAGAUGCUCGACCAUCUCUCCGCCCUCCCUACUGAAAUGCUGUCCAAGAUUCGCCGUGUGAGGGUCAGCGGCGACCAACUCGCCUACACCAUCUUCGGGGAGCAGGAGCUCUAUCCGCUCGCGGGCGCACUGAAGCUCCUCCCUGGCCUGCAGCUGGACCAGCUCACCGUCGUCGGCCUGCCCGAGGGCAGGGAUAGCUACAACACCCUCAACGGUCUCAUCAAGGGCAGCGGUGGAUGGAAGACGUUGCGCUUCGUCAGCCCCAACUCCUCCAUGCUCGGUUUCGAGGCGAGCCGGAAAGUCCCUUUUACCGACGAUACCGUCGUGAACGAUUGGGAAGAUUGGAGGGAGUCGCAGCCCGAGAACUGGCAGGCGAUGCUGGAGGCCCGCGAUGGCCGAGAUUCGCACCCUUCGGUGACCGUCUACCGCGCGAGGGAGCCCAGCCACCGCAGCUCGAGGCCAAUACCCCGCCCCAGCGAAUGCGUAGAGUACAGACAGGAACCGGUCCAGCAGCUCCCGGGUUGGAAUCCCGACUUCGUCCCCGAAGACCCCGACCUAAUGGGCGAAGGCGAGAAAGACAAAGCAUUGCUGGUCGUGGUGAAGAGGGGCGCUGGCGUCGAUUACCAAGAAAAGGAGGACUCGCCUUUCGUCAAUGGGGAUCUCCGCGAGCACGAACACGGGUCGACGUGGGAAGAAAUCGGGGGCCCGUCAUUAUGGGCGAACGGGGGGAGGGUGCGCGACCGCCAACCGCCGAUCGUGGACGACUACAACGAUCCCGAGGAACACGUCUGGACCCAGCGUCACUUCUGCAAGGGUCUCUACGGGGUUCAUUAUGACUGUCAUCGCGACGAGUGCUGACGGAGUUCCUGGAGUCUUGAACUCGUCAUUAUUUCUUCGGAAUACUCGGGAUCCGACCUACCAUACACUCGAGAGAUAGCAAAAAACGCAAGACAUGUCUCAUGGAGAAA